AUGGAGAUCAGUAGUACUACUGGAAGAAGGAUAAGGCUUUAUGACCUGUUGCUAAGAAUAUUGGGGCUGGCCUUCACUUUGGUUGCUGCAGUUCUUGUUGGUAUUUCAAAGCAGACCAAGACUGUUCCUGUCACUAUUGCAGAAGGCUUACCCAUCUUGCACCUUCCAUUCACUGCCAAGUGGCACUACAUGUCUGCUUUUAUGUACUUCUUGGUGUCAAAUGCCAUAGCAUGUUCAUAUGCUGCAGGAUCUGUUGUAUACUCUAGAAUUAACGCAGCCCGAAGCUAUAAACACAAUUCAGCAAUGGUACUAAGCAUCCUAGACCUAAUCAUCAUGCCGCUACUCUUCUCCGCCAAUGGUGAAGCGGCUGCCAUCGGAAUCAUUGGCCACGAUGGGAACUCGCACCUGCAGUGGAGAAAGAUAUGUGAUGUGUUUGAUGGCUAUUGCCACCACAUAGAAGCCGCCAGCGUCCUGUCUCUUAUUGGGUCUUUUACCUUUCUUUUGCUUGUGCUCCUUGCUGUUUUGGGAGUGCACAAGAAUUCAAACUAA